UCAUCCUUAAAAUAUGAACUUCUUCGCCGUUCUAAUCACCUACAGUUUGAUAAGGCACAAUAUAUGUCUAGUCGCCGAACCGAUGGAUGGCGCUACGAAAACUAAAUCUUACAUCGGACAGGCUUCGAAUAUAGCACAAAAGGCUGCACAAGAGGCGAAAGCUGCGCAGGACGCGAUGCAGCAAGCUGGCCAACAAGCUGCGAGACAGGUCAAGCAACAGCUUGCUGAAAAAGCUGUACAAGCAGCUAAGGCGGCCGAAGCUGCCUUGGCAGGCAAAGAGGCUUUGGUUCAAAAACUUCAGGACGAACUAAAAGAGGCGGAAGUUGUUGUGAAUGAAGAAUCGACUAACUUACAGCAGCUGCAGCUGACCGUGCAGUCUGCUACCAAAGCCGCCCAACAAGCUCAGACCCAAUUAAAAUUGCUCCAAACGACUUUGCAACUAGCUCAAGGUAACGCAGCGAAUUCGCAACAAACGCUGGAGGGAUUACAGCAGCAAUUAAUCGACAAAGAGGAAUUAGUAGAGGCAGCCAAAGCUAGGGUGGAACAAUUAAAUAAAGAUUUUCGCUCUGCCAAAACCGAACUAGGAAAAACGAAGGAGUCGGCAAAAAAGGCCGAAGCAUCAGCAGCCGAGGCUAAACAGAGCGCGACCAGAAAUAAAAGGAGCGAUCGAAACGACUACGAUGCUAUUUAAAAUUGCUGUUAUUCUAUUGAACUUUUCCAUUAGAAACAUUAGUAUAGCCAACUCGCCAAUUUUUAACCGAAGUUAAUUUUAUAUUGAUUAGUUAAAGGAUUUCUCGCUGAUUAAAAACCAUACCAAAAAUAGCUAUCGGUUAACUCCGCCAAUGUUAUUGAUUGCUUUAUAAGUUAAAGAUUACAGGCAAAAUAGUCAAAAUAACAUCCUAUAUAAGCAUGCGCGAAUUACUCGUUUUUUCUCCGAUAAGACCUUGCGACGUUCAACAAUUAACGACAAAACUUAAAAGUCAUUUAAAUGACAUUUUAUCCAAAGAAUACCCGACAAGCAAUUAACACAAUCCACUAAACAAACAAUUUUCUGUUGCGCAGAUCUUUUUGCGCAUCACCAUUUUGGAAAAAUUUUUUAAAGUAGCUCCAGUUCUAUAAAACUCUGCUUUUAAAUUUAUUAAUUAUUUAUAUUGUUACAAUUACUGUGACUCAUUGUAUUUCGGACUUUUGAGAUAAUUGUGGUAAAUGUCGAACAAUGGGCGGUGCCUAGCACGCAAU